CUGUUACAACGUGCAGGAAAAGCACUCUCCGACGCUAUAUAGAGCGCAAUCUGAGGCUCAUAACAGGCGCAAAUUAACCCAGUUCCAUUAUUGUGUAAUGAGAGACUGCAACGAACAAAAACAAUACCAAGUUGUAACUGUAGAUGUCAUUUUAUUUUAAACGUAUUUUAUUUGGACACAUCAGUCCGCGUCGUGCGAGGAUCGUUUAAAGCGCAGCAGAGCGAAGAGUUGACAACAGCCGGGAUACAGGCAAGAGGAGACGCUGUGGUAGACCCAGCGCCAGGGAGGCAGAGUGUGGACCCGGGGCUGGAUGUACCCGGCCUUACCCUCCCCAGAGGCUCGCCAUGGGGGAUACCAAAAUUAUAUAUCAUUUGGACGACCAGGAAACUCCGUACCUGGUCAAGCUGCCCAUCGCUGCCGACAGGGUUACUCUUGCAGACUUCAAAAAUGUCCUCAAUAAACCCAACUAUACAUUUUUCUUCAAAUCCAUGGACGAUGAUUUCGGGACAGUGGGGUGGACUGUCGGCUCUCAAACCUUCGUGAGGAGGACACUGUAGAAGCUGUCCCCACGGUGACAAGGACUGGCAGGGACAACAUGCUGCUGAGGCUGAAGAAAGGGCUGAGGGACAAUCACACACUCACAGGACAUACCCUCACAGCCCAGGAGCUGGGUCGUGUCAGAGGUCUGGCUGUCAAACAGACUGAGAUCCUGAGGAAGGCAUCCCACGAGCAGAUGGCUCAGUAUGUCCAAACACAUGAUGCAAAUAUUAAAGAAUAUACUCCAUAUUGAUGUUGAAUCAAAUAGAUUGACCACUUUGCUCAGACUGGUUUCUCUUCACUUGCAGAGAAACAGAAUAUAUGCUUGCAAGAUCAGGCUGGUUUAGGGAGGUUAUAGAAAUACAGUACGCUUGAUGCCAUGCCAACUGAUGCCUGUCCCCCUCCAGGUGUAAGAUACUGCCCAGCGUUGCUCCCCGUCCAGAUCCAUUUUGAUGAGAAUAUCCCUGAGAUGAAUGUUGUAUAUAAUGUUAUGGCUAUGAUGGUUACAGGUUUGAAUGAGACAAUGUAUUCCUCUAACCUUAUUUUUUCAAUAAAGUUUUUGUUUCAUUAAUAUU